AUGCAUACAAAAACAACUGCAACAGCAGAUGCUACUGAUGAAACAUUGCAAAAUGUAAAAGAAAACACUUUGAGUCAACGCUUUCAAGUGUACCCUCAUGUUCAUCUUAAAACCGGUUAUCAAAUUUCUUCGUGUUUACCUUGUUUCAGCAACAAAAAAAAAACAUUAAUUUCAUCUUUAAUGGAUCUCAAGUCCAAGGCUUUGCAAAAGGAAACUCCAAAAAACGACCAAAAAAUUCAUUAA